AUGAUUAGCUCGCCUUUUACUUUUCUAGGUCUCAAUUAUCUAUGGUCAAAAGAAGUUCGAGCAGUGGUAAGUGCCCAUUGGAUGUGGGCUGUGAUAUCCGUUCGCGAUGCGCAUAAUGCAUUCAAACAGGGGACAAUCUCUGACAUUUCCCUCGCUUUGAGAAGACAAAUAAAGCACUCAAAUCUGCUUCAUAUUGUCCAUCAUACUGUCGAAUCGAAACUUUUCUUUUUCUGCCUAACGGCCCUUUUCUGCUUCCUUGCAGCCAUUGUUGGUCCUGCAUCGGCUUUGCUACUUUUGCCAAGUACUGCUUGGCUUCCAGCAGGGAGCACGCAUAUCAAUCUCAACGGUAGUUCAGAUCAAUUGUGGCCACAGCAUCUAGAAGAGAGACAUGCCGGUCCUCAGAGCUGUGACACGGGCGACGAGUACUUCUGUCUACAGGGUGGUUGGACCAUUAUGGAUGGUUUCGUGACACCUUCGGGAUCGUCAGAUCGGGAGACUUACGUUAAUGAAGGCGGUGCUUCUCGAGCGAUGUGGGUAUGGCGUCAAGACGACACAUGGGCUACAACGCUUCACGGUGCCACUGCGUCGAUUGCUUCUCGAUUACAUCAAGACCAUGAGCGAGCUUGGCAGUUCGCGACGGGAAGGCGAAGGAGACUGCGGGAUGCUGUGAACUCGGGCGUGUUCGUGCGUGUGUCAGCCCCCGUUCCAUUUGCUCGUGUCCUUUGUGGUCCCAUUAAGCCGGUCAACGAUACUUCUCCGACUUUACUCUUUCCCAUUCUUCACCCCCAAGAAUCGUGGCGAGAAGAGGCAGAUGUUGGGAGAUUGGAAGAAGCGAAUGUAAAUGGAUCAUUCACUUCACUGGUAAAUGCAAAAUGGAUGAAACUACCUGCAAAAUUCGGGACAUCGACAGCCGGGCUUGCGUUUGUAACAAAAGUGCAGGAUCGUGUGGCAGGAUGCGGCUGCUCUGUUGAUGCUAGAUGGGCGACAGGAGAAUACCUUCUACAAGGUCAGACAACCAACUGGCAGGCUUUUCUUGGGAAAAAUCAACUGCCCAGUGCCCUGAAAUUUUUCUCUGACCAAAAGGAGGCUUUUUCAGAAACAACUAUUCAGAAGAAUGUGGGACAGCCUAUAUCGGCAGACGCCGAAUGGCUCGCGCGCUUAUCGACUCAAAACAACAAAACCGCACCAGUUAUCCGGACUGCUUUAGAGCAUUUGCUUGUAUCUACAAGACUGUGGGAUAUGCAAUGGGUUCUUGAAGAUCAGUUCACCCCAAUCAAAGAGCUUGAGGCAAUCAUCGCUUUGUACUUUGUAAACGCUAUUUCGCGAAUCGGAUGGUACCCCCAGACCAAUCCUGGGAAAGAAGGUGUCAAUCCAUCAUUGGUGGACGAAUCAGUGGUUGACGAUAAACUAUUACACCAGAACAUUCGAGUCGGAAACAUUUCUCACGAUAUCGCAACGCAGACAGCUACGAUCGAAUGGUUCACUUACGCAACCGGUUGGCAGCUGAAUGAUUCUGCACUUUACAUCUCGGUCACCAUUCUCGCACUCCACACUCUUAUCGUUGUAGUACAUAUCAUCGUAUUGUUUUGGACCCGGUCUUCGUUCAAAGCUUGGGCUUCAAUCUCAGAUUUGUUAGCGCUGGCUUACCUCUCUUCCCCAUCAGUGGGAGCAUUGGAGAAUUGUGGCCCCGGUAUCAAGUUGAAGGAGACACUGCUCCAGAAGUUUAAGAUAAUUCCUGUUGCAAGCUCGGUCGGUGGGAAUGUGCAACAGGUUCAGUUGGUUUCCUCAAGUGCUAGUACAUCCAACAUGGGUUCUAUUGGAGUCAAUCAAGAAUACAUUUAG